AAUUGCAGCAGUAAGUCGAAGACAGAAGCCGAUAGAACGACUUCAGCAACAAAGCUUAUUCACUGUUUCCAACGGCUACUUUGAACUGCGCAUAAUUUAGCGCAUUAACAUUGGAGUAAAAUUAGACUUUUGGUCAAUUUGCCGUACAUGUAGGCCGAAUUAAAUGAUGCAGCUAUGGGGAAUGGUCGGGCAGUAUUGUGCAGCCUGCCGGUCGUAGCGGUUUGCCUUGCAGCGCUACUGUGUGCCAACCUACUGCUCUACUUGUACCUGGAUUCCCUGUACCCGAGUUUUGUCUUCCCGUCCCCGCAUCGGCACUGCCCACCUCGCCACUUCAAGCUCGGCACCAUGCACGACUGUGUGCCCUGGCUGGAGUGUCCGGAGAUACGAGCUGACAUCCGCAGGCUGAAGAUGGUUGGACAAGGAGCAGUAAAGAAGGUGUACCUGUCAGAGUGGAGAGGACAGAAGGUGGCUGUGUGUGCGCUUUCCUCUGAGGCCUAUCGAGCUGACUUCCUUCAUGGUCUCUCUAUGCUGCGUUUGCUCCAGAGCGCGCGUGUGGUGCAGCUCGUUGGGGCCUGCGAAGGAGAUGGCGUCUUUGUCACCGAAUACCACCCCUUGGGCACCCCAUUGGGCCUUGAUGAGGCCCUGGCGAUCCCACGUUACCGUAGCAGUGACGCGUGGCAGACCCGUUUACGCCUGGCACUGGACUACGUUGUUUUUCUCAGUUUUCUCCACGCCAGUCCAGCAGGCGUGCGAGUCAUGUGUGACUCAAACGACCUCAGCAAGACCCUCAGCCAGUUUCUGCUGACCGCAGACUUUCGGCUGGUAGCCAACGAUCUUGACGCUCUACCGGAGGCAACCCCUGGAGGUCACGGGGUCAAGUGUGGCCCUCGGCAGCUCACAGGGGACUUUGUGGCUCCAGAGCAGCUGUGGCCCCACGGGGAAGACAAACCCUUCGCAGACGAACUCAUGCCCAGCUACAGUGAAAAGACAGACAUUUGGAAAAUUCCAGACGUCACAAGCUUCUUGCUAGGGCAUGUUAUAGGAAGUGAUGUCAUACAUUUUCAUCUGUUUCAGAUCCAUGCAGACUGUAAGAAACAGGACCCUAGACAACGUCCCACAGCAAAGGAGGUUCUAAGUGUGUACCGUGCUGUCUAUGACACCAUGGUGGAGAACCAGCAACAAUCGCGAGACAUGCUCUAGGAGAGAGACGGACACUGAUAGUCAGUCAUUCUGAUAAAAUAACACUCUCACAAGAUAUAACAUGGAGUCUUUCCAUGUCCAAAGAGCAACUUCUAGUAUGUGUGGACCACACAGUGUGGUGCACACUGAAAAAAUUGGUUGAUUAAAGUAUUGGGAGAAGA